CGGCUACCUUUACUUUCUCUCUCUCUCUCAAUUGACUCAACAUGGGUAACAGGAACGGCUUGCCCUCCGUCUUUCACCACCGCCAUACCGCCGGAAACCCUUCAUCGGAAAACAAGACUCAUAGCACUACUCACUCCACCACCACCCCUUCCGAUCAUUCACAGCCGCCGCCUACAACCGCGCCACCAGUUCGCCGUGCUGUUUCCGGCACUGGAAAGGUUCUCGGCCGUGAGAUGGAGGAUGUCCGUGCCUCCCACACCUUCGGCCGAGAGCUCGGACGAGGUCAAUUCGGCGUGACUUAUCUCGUGACUAAUAAAGUCACAGGCGAGAAAUUAGCCUGCAAGUCAAUCGCCACUCGGAAGCUCGUUAAUGAAGACGACAGAGAGGAUGUACGCAGGGAAGUUCAGAUCAUGCAUCACUUAACCGGACAUCGGAAUAUCGUGGAGCUAAAGGGUGCGUACGAGGAUCGUUACUCUAUCAAUUUACUUAUGGAGCUCUGCGAAGGAGGUGAGUUGUUCGAUCGGAUUAUUGCUAAAGGGCACUAUUCUGAACGAGCCGCCACAACACUUUUCCGACAGAUCAUUACGAUCGUACAUAAUUGUCAUUCCAUGGGCGUGAUUCAUAGAGAUCUGAAACCAGAGAAUUUCUUGCUCUUGAAUAAAGCCGAGGAUUCCCCUCUUAAAGCAACUGAUUUUGGUCUUUCAGUGUUCUUCAAACCAGGUGAUGUUUUUAAGGACCUUGUUGGAAGUGCUUAUUAUGUAGCUCCAGAGGUUUUGCGUCGUAGCUAUGGUCACGAAUGUGAUGUCUGGAGCGCCGGUGUCAUGUUGUACAUUCUUCUUAGCGGGGUUCCUCCGUUUUGGGGAGAGAAUGAACAGGGUAUCUUUGAUGCUAUUUUGAGGGGACAUCUUGAUUUCUCAAGUGAACCAUGGCCCUCUAUAUCAACUAGUGCAAAAGAUCUUAUUAAGAAGAUGCUACAGUCUGAUCCAAAGGAACGAAUCUCUGCCAUUGAUGUUCUACAUCAUCCAUGGAUGAGAGAAGAUGGUGAUAUAUCAGAUAAGCCGCUUGAUGUGGCUGUGUUAUCUAGAAUGAAACAGUUUAGCGCGAUGAACAAGCUGAAAAAAGUAGCUUUAAAGGUUAUUGCAGAGAAUCUAUCUGAAGAAGAAAUAGUUGGGUUGAAAGAAAUGUUCAAAUCUAUGGACACAGAUAAUAAUGGAACCAUUACUUUUGAAGAGUUGAAAGUUGGUCUUCCUAAACUUGGAACUAUUCUUUCCGAGUCUGAAGUUCGCCAGAUUAUGGAAGCUGCAGAUGUAGAUGGAAAUGGAACCAUCGAUUAUCUUGAAUUUAUCUCUGCUACUAUGCAUAUGAAUAGAAUGGAAAGAGAGGAUCAUUUGUUCAAAGCCUUUGAAUAUUUUGACAAGGAUAAGAGCGGGUAUAUUACGAAUGAAGAACUGGAGCAUGCUCUGAUAAAAUACAAUAUGGGUGAUGAGAAAUCGGUAAAGGAGAUCAUUGCAGAAGUUGAUACAGACAGGGAUGGAAGAAUAAACUACGACGAGUUUGUCGCCAUGAUGAGAAAAGGAAACCCGGAGUUAGGCCCAAAUAGACGUCGUAGAUAAGUAGUCCUCGAUUAUGUAUGUUUUGUUUCUCGCAUUUCCUUAUAUUCUUGUGUGCAUUUAAAUACUUGGGGAUUCUUUCUCCCCCAUUGCGGCUGUUGUUCUAUCUCAAGGUUUUUUUUUUUUCCUUUUAUGUUGACUAAGCGUCAAUUUUCAUGACAAUUCUAAUGUACACCAAACUUUAAUUUAUUUAAGAUGUUUGUUUGGUUAA